AUGACAGAAUAAUUGAACGGUUCUUUUGUUAAAUAAGAAGAAGAGAUUAUCUAAUCAAAAAAAGAGGAAAUCUUAUAGUUCUUUGAGCAAUAGGGCUAUAAACCUAAUUCUGUGUUUGAUGAUUAACUUUGGUUUUUACCUGAAAUCAAUAAGAGUUAUGAUCAUAUUUUGUGGAAAAUCAUUAAUGAUGCCAUUGGUUAUGAUUAUAAUAAAGACGAUCAUUUCGCAACAGAAACAAAGAUUGAGGCUUUUGUUCAGAGGUUAUUGGAUGAAGCUUAAAUGAUACAUACUAAAGUAGUGGAUUUAAAAAAAAAUAUUGAUUCUUAUAAAGAUGAAAUAGAAAAUUUUGACAAGUUUUUAAAGAUAAUUGAAGCUAAUAAAACCGAAUAUAAUUAAGAGAAUGCAUUCGUAAUAUCUUAUGUUGAUGAAAAUAAUUAAAUAAAUGAGAUUGCAAAAUUCUACAGUAUCAAAUAUAAGUUAGGCACAGCACUCUAGAAUUACUAAUUAUUAUACCCUGAAAACUCGAAUCGCUCUACCUGCAUUUCUAACGAUCAUUCAAUAGAAUCAAUCUCUCUUAUUGUGAUGGGAAGGAGAUUAGAGAAUAAAAUCGGAGAUGCCAGAACCUCAGGAGAAGAUUAUAAAGAAUUAGCUCAAAUCAAAAUACCAAUUUAAGAUAUAUACUAAUAAGUAAGGCCCAGACAUUUUGCAUUACCCACAAUUCCCCAAUGCUAUUUGACAGUUAAUUACUAAGAUUAAAGUUUAGAUGCAUCAUUUUGUGAAAAUGUAACAAUUAAUUUACGUUUUGAUUUAAGAUUGUCUUAUUUGUAUAGAAUUCUAAUUAUUAAGGAUCAGAAAUAAUAUAGGACCUAACUUAUAGAAGCAAAUGAAGACAAAUUUUAAUAGCAGUUAGGAUUGAUGUAGCAAUUAUUAUCUCCAUUUAAACAAGAACCUAAAUUGCAUUAUGUGCCAACCAAAGGCAUAGGGUUAUAAUCGGAUUUUAAGGAUGAUAAUAGAGAAAACUUAUAAGUUUUAGCAGAAAUUAAACCUCCUAAAGAAAGAGAAUCUUGUUGCCUUAUCUGUUGA